AUGGAGGCGAGUUCGAGCUUCAAAAUAGAGCCCGACACCCCGGACAGUAUGACCGACGACCCGGAAUUUAUGAGUUUCGGCAAUUUUGAGCAGAUCAAGCCUCGGAAACCAGUGUUUCAAAAACCGCUACCCGAGCCGCGCGAGCCACGAGAACCCCGCGAGCCACCACAAGAAGCCGCCUUCCGAACGUUUGCCCAGAAAUUGGCGGGCCCGAAACGCGAGGGAAUUUUGUGUCAUGUUUGCAAUCGUCGCCUACAGCCCAGCAAUUACACACAAGCGCUCGGCAGGUUGAAACCUCUGAUUGAACAUGUGAAAAUUCACUUGAACAAUCGAAAAUAUCAAUGUAGCGAGUGCAGUUACUUGGCGAAAACUUAUGUUUGCGCAUCGAUCCACGUGAGAAGGAUGCACGAGUCGACGGGUGGCGGUCAUGUGAUUGAUAAUACAGACGAGGAAUUCCUAUAUGAAGUCUUCGAGAUGGCGAAAAUCGCCUUUCCGGAGCAUGCCGCCGAGUUCGAGACGUAUUUCGAGCAGAACAAGCGCGCCUGGUUCACGGCCAUCCAGAUCAAGAAGCGCCAGGCGACGAAUCCGGAGGGCGAGGAGACUGUCAAGCAAGCGUUGAAGAAGAAGUACAAUGAGUCGCCAGAGGGAAUGGCCCUCAACGAGAUCCUCAAAAAGAGCCUGGAGGCUGAUUCGUCGUUGGGAGACUUUGAAAAGACGUUUUUGCACUUGACGCAGACGCAAGAUGGCCAUCCGAAUUCGAUGAACAAUCGAGGUGAAAUGGAAGAGGAAGAAGAUUCCUCUGGCCUAACCUCAACAAUGGACGCCAUCCAGAUGCUUUUCGGCAAUUUUCAAGAAGAGGCCCCAGCAAAUGAUGAACCUUCCGCACAACAAGCGACAGUUUUUGAUCCGAAGGCGGAGACAAAACCCGAGCUUAUCACAAUCCGAACGAAGCUCGAGGCUCCCGUCAGUCCGCCUCCGCAGAAGAAGCAAAGACUUUCGGAUAUUUUGAUGGGGCUUGGCCUCCCUGACGUCCCGCCACAACUCCCGCAACCUGCUAUGAACCACGACAUGACAAUCGGGGAAGUGAAAAAGCUGCACCAGUUGCUUGUCGACAAAGAGAAGCGCUUGGUGGCCACGAGGAGGACGUUGGUGAUGGCCCGAAGUGCGGAGAAGGCGGCCGAGAUGCGGGUGAAAGAGCUGGAGGAGGAGAAUCGACGGCUGCUCAAAAUGCUGAGUAUUCAGGGAAUGGAGCGCGAGCGGUUGAUUGAGACGGUCGACGAGCUGAAGACUCGGGUGAUCACGCUGGCCGGUGCGGUUGAUUCG